AUGCGCCUCGAUUUACCUUUCGUCCUUGGAAUAGCCACGUCGUCGUCUGCUCUGUGGUCAGUUACCUACUACACCGCAAUCGAUUGUUCAGGCCCGGGAAAAGAGAUUGGAGGUUUUGAAGCCGGGUGUCGGACUCUGGAAACCGGUACAAACUCGGUAAUGGUCUCCACCGACGAUGGCAACAACAUCACCUUGAGCACGGGCAUCAACUGCGACUCUCCUUACGAGGAUCUUAUUCUGAAUGAAGUAACUGACCGCUGUGUCAAUGCCGCUAUUCGUUCUUUCCUAUCUUAUUGA